CCGCCAUCGCCGCCAUGGCCUCGGUCGCCGAGUGCCUGCGGGAGUGGGAGGAGCUGCAGGACGGCUACCAGCGCAUCCAGGAUAAUCACAAGCUGUACAAGCAGAAGCUUGAGGAGCUAACCAAACUCCAGGACGGGAUCUCCAGCUCUAUCGCACGGCAGAAGAAGCGGCUGAAGGAGCUGUCAUUGUCCCUCAAAAAAUGCAAAACCCAGGUGAAUCCCGAACAGAAGGACUCCAUCCAAGAGACCCAGAACCUGAUAAAAGAGAGGCAGAAUGUCUUCUUCGAGAUGGAGGCCUACCUGCCAAAGAAGAACGGGUUGUACCUCAGUCUGGUGCUCGGGAACGUGAACGUCACGCUGCUCAGCAAGCAGGCCAAGUUCGCAUACAAAGAUGAGUAUGAGAAAUUCAAGCUCUACCUCACCAUCAUCUUACUCAUCGUGUCCUUCUCUUGUCGGUUCCUCCUCAACUCCAGGGUGACAGACGCCGUCUUUAACUUCCUCCUGGUGUGGUACUACUGCACCCUCACCAUCCGGGAGAGCAUCUUGAUCAACAAUGGAUCCAAAAUCAAAGGCUGGUGGGUCUUCCAUCACUACGUCUCCACUUUCCUCUCAGGUGUCAUGCUGACAUGGCCGGACGGGCUCAUGUACCAGAUGUUCAGGAACCAAUUCCUCUCCUUCUCCAUGUACCAGAGCUUUGUCCAGUUCCUCCAGUACUACUACCAGAGUGGGUGCUUGUACCGGCUGCGAGCGCUGGGCGAGAGGCACAACAUGGAUCUGACCGUGGAGGGCUUCCAGUCCUGGAUGUGGAGAGGCCUCACCUUCCUGCUUCCCUUCCUCUUCUUUGGGCACUUCUGGCAGCUCUACAACGCCGUCACCCUCUUCCGCAUGAUCCAGCACCCGGAAUGCAAGGAGUGGCAGGUCCUCAUGUGCGGCCUCCCCUUCCUCAUCCUCUUCCUGGGGAACUUCUACACCACCCUCCGCGUUGUCCACCAGAAGUUGCAGAACAAGAACAAAGACACGAAGCAGAAUUGAAGGGGGGCAGCGUGGGGGCCAGGACUGUUUCUCCCCACCAGCUCCAUCGACCCAUCCCCAUCUCCUUGAAGCCGUCCAGACUCUGGUGUCUCACCCCGUUCCUUGGAAGCCUGGGUGUGGGACAGAGCUCGGGGCCUGCUCCCCACCAGGCUGUGUGUUUGCUGGAUCUGAAUCACUCACCUGGAGGCAGGAGCACCCUGCAACCCCUCUCCUGGCUGCCUGGGACAGCUGCUCCCCUCCUCUUUGCCCUCAGGACACUUACUGGGAUAGUUCUCUUGGGUUGAGACCAGCUCUGCUUGUGCUCCCCACCCCACUGCAGGCAAGGGCAGCCCGGGGUGCAUCACCUCCCCUGGGACAAGGCAGGGUCCAGGGGUGAUGGCCAAGGCUCUCCUCCAUCUCUCCCCAGCCCUGAAGCCAGGGCAGCCCCUGGGGUGUUGAAGGUAGAAGUACAAAGACCCUCAUAUCUCAUGGGCUGUGAGCAGUGGCUCCUCCAGCAGCCCCCCUUUGCGUUUGGGGACAGCCAGAGGCCAUCCACACGUGGUGGCUUCCAGGCUGUGUCCUACCCCAGUUCCUCCUGCACCAUCGAGCUGCAGGGUGGGAGCACCACGAGCCUGAAUCAGGCUUCACGCCGGAGCUGGGCAAACAGGGCCCUGGUCUUGCAUCUCUGGGGGAUGCACGUGCAAAAAAUAAAGGGAAGGUGCUGCCUCAGGUUGCUGGGGUGGUCUCAGAACA